CCAGAGCAGAACAGGUCCAACAGGCUUCGUCGCCCCGACUGUCACCGGCGUCGGACACGAGUCCUCCUGCAGUCGAGCUGCUUCUUGUAGCCGAGAGGGAACACGACUGCUCGGACACGGAGCUCCACGCGAGUUUGAUAUCAGCGACGCGGGACGUACGACUCUCAACAGGCGGGUUACGUUUCAAGACGGAGGCCCGGAAGGUCUGCUCCGGUUCGGGUCGGACCACGCGGCUUUCGGAAGUCCCACGUGAGCUCGAAAUUACCGGGCUGCGUUCGGCAGCUUCCUGUUUGACUGGAUGAUCUCCUGAUGGAACCCCCUUCGUACGAGGAGGCCAGCCUACACCCUCCUGUUCCGGACACAGCAGUAUUCAACAUCCUCCCUCCCCCCUCCUACAACGCCUCCCUCCACUCGGCCCCGACACCCCCUCCCACCUAUGGAGAAGCAGUCCGCCCGGAUCGUUAUCCCAUACAAACUGUGCCACAAUACCAUGGAACCGUAAUCCACCCACUGACACAAAUUGGUGGAAGGCCAGCAGUGGUGACGACGCAGCCGGCGCCCUUUCCCAUCUCGGUGACACAUCUGGCAGACGUCCCCGGGUUGGUCCGCUGCCCACACUGCCAUAACAUCGUCACCUCUGAAGUCACGUACCAGUCCGGGAAGGCCGCCUGGUGCACGUGCAUGCUUCUCGCCAUGAUGGGGUUGAUCUGUGGUUUCUGUCUGAUUCCGUUAAUGGUACGAGGUCUACAAGACGCACACCACUCCUGCCCGCACUGUAAAAAACACCUGCACGUGUACACGAGGUGACACGGUCGGGAUUAACACGGCGCCAAACCAUGUGUGUCACAACGGAGAUAAAUACUAGUUUGUCAUAAGCCUGGAAUGUAAACAGCUCACUGCCCAUGGACACGGGGAGAAAUAAUGUAUUUAGGGGAUGAUAAGUGUGUGAUUUAAUGUAAUGUGUGUGUGUGUGUGUGUGUGUGUGUAUAUAUAUAUAUAUAUAU